AUGAACGUCGCCGACUCAGCCCUCUUCAAGGAAUAUGCUCGGCCAGUCCUUCGACCCGAAACCAGUAGUAUUCCUGGCCACUCACCGCCCGGCAUCAUGUCUUCCGUCCUCCAACGCCUGGUCAAACCCUCCAAGCUCGAGGUUUCGAGGAUCAGCAUUGCCUAUGUUUCAGAUGGAGCCUUCAUCCUCACCAUCGAGAGCCGCGUGACCGGCACCGGACCUAUCAACAGCACCAUCAGUCCAAUGGUCCUCGACCUCACCUUCAAUGGCUUCGCGUUCGGCAAGCUGCCACUUCCCGAGGUUCGAACGGGGUUCUGGGGGACCAAGAUAGUAGUACAGGAACAGAGGAUCGCCAUCACAGACAUGGCCAUCUAUCGGGCCUUUGUGCGGAGCAUCAUGGUUGACGAUGACACCAACUUCCAGCUCGAGAACGGGUCGUGCACUAUCCGGGCCCUGGGCCUCACGGCGCACUGCAACUACAACCUCGACAUAGCGAUCCAGGCGAUGAAGGGCCCGCGGGUGACUCUGCGGGAGCUGUCGCGCUCGGGCGACGACGGCAUCGCGGUAACGUUUCGGAUGCACAACCCCAGCCCCGUGGAGCUCGACCACGGCGUCUGCACAUUUGAGCUGCGCAACGACAAGGGCCAGCGCAUGGCAGAGCUGAGGGGAGAGUUGAAAAUCGCCCGGGGCCAGUUCGACUUGUGUCUGCAUGGGACGACGCGGACGGGGGUGGCGCCAUCUGACAAGGUCAGGUUGGUAGGAGUCGGUGUAGACGGGAGCUCGUGGUGCAACGACUUUGAUGCUGUCAUGGACAUGAGGCCCAAGUUUGCGGGGCUGCUCCGGGGAUGA